UUUAUCACAAGUUUUACAAAAUGCGAGAACUCGCCUUACAACUCUUUCUAGUUUUCAUAAGACACCGACUCUUGGUAUUGCAAAAAUAAAUAGUAGCAUGCUUCAGGAAGUGAACAAAAUUGUACAUGAGUAUUUAGCUCCCUGUGUCACAAUGUUAGGGGGUUUUAUGGAGCAACAAAUUAGAGUUCCUUUAGUUAAUAGUCCUCUUGAUACUGCAAAAGCUCUUAGAAUGGCAGAAAAUUCUGGCGCAGUUGGUGUCUGGGCAUUGUUUUCUCUUGAUAGUAAUGACAUUAAAUACAUAUUAUCAUCAAGAAAAAACGAAGCCUUUAUUAUUCAAAUUACAAAAUUUAUCGAAGGUACUCUUAGUGAAAACAUCAAAAGAAAGCGUCAUGAUUCUGAGCCAACUAGUUAUGAUGCAAAACUACAGUUUCUAUUAGAGUUAGGACUAAAUAGAACAAUCACAUGCAGCAAUGAUUACAUCAGCUAUUCAUUGGAGAGAGAAUUGGUCAGUAUUUGUAAAGAGCAGGGCAUUUUCAUUUCAACCAGUGUUGACUCUGUCAUUCAUAACUGGAGUACUCGAUUUAAGGACACUGGCCUAGCUCUUGUUCCUCCUGCUUAUCGUCCUCUUCUAGCUCGCUGGCUGAUUUGGUCCUUAAAUAUUCAUCAAUUACGAGAAGGUCUAGCUAGUUAUACUACAGUUGGUGUUAUUGGACUUGUUAAUUCUGGAAAAUCAACUCUUGUUAAUAAAGUUUUUAAUGUCGAGACCAUACAAGGCACAAGUCAAGGAGCUCGUACUACAGUCCCUUUUAUAUAUAAUUUAGACUCAUCAGUUGAAGGAUUGAGUGUUAUUGAUUUCCCUGGAGUUGAUGAUAGAGAUGAGUCUAUUGGUGGUCUGGCUAAGUUACUUGUGGGCCUUGCACAAAUUGUCAUCUUUGUUUGUGGAUAUGAGAGAUUUCAUACUAGCUCUGCUAUGGAUUGGAUGAAGAUUUUUAAAAAAGAUUUUGCUGAUACUCCAAUUCUUGUUUGCCUGACCCAUGCUGACAGACUCUAUGAAGACAAUUGUGAGAAAGACAUGAUUCCAGAAUGUCCAAAGAACAAAAUUCAAGUGCUGAGAAUUCAAUUUGAAGAUGAAUUACAGAAAAUUGUUGGGGAUACUUCAAGAACAGAAAAGUGUCUUAUCAAAUUUUGCUCCUUAACACAAACCAGACAUUCUCUAUUAAAUGAUGAAAGAGGCCGUCAGUCAAUGAGGAAAGUUGGCAUAUUCACUCCAGAAGAUAUUGGGGAGUGGGUCAAAAAUGCACUAAAACGUGACAUACAACAGGAGGAACUAGCUGAUAAAUUUUCAAAAUUAUUAUUAAAAUUCUAAUUCAAACUUUCUUAAGUUGAAAUUUUAUUUUUGUAAUUUUUUACUGAGUUAUAUAUAAUUUUAGGAAAGUUUUUAAUUUAGCCUUAUAAGGAAAUUUUAAAA